CCGCCCCGCCGCUCCCGAGACGGGGCUGCGCCCCUCUGCGGAGGAUGCCGGGUGCUCCCUGCGCCCGCGGCGCCGGGCAGCCCCUGCGCGUGGGGACCCCGGGAGGCGGAGGGGCGCGCUGAGUGGGCGCGGGUGGUGCUGAAGGGACAGCUCCCCGCGGCCGAGCGCGCGGCCGGCCCGCAGCCCCCGCCCGCAGCCCUUGCCUGCAGCCCCCCGGCUCGCAGCCCCUCGCUCGCAGGCUCCCGCCCCAGUCUCUGGCCCGCGGCGAGCUGGGCUGGCUCAUGGUCCCCGAAGCAGCGGGCCAGGCGGAGGCUCUUGUGGCCACCGGGCCCACGGGGAUGCCCCGCGGGUGAGGCAGCCCCCAGCUUCCAACCGCGUUCAUGGCGGUGGCCAGGAAGAUCAAAACUUUGCUGACGGUCAACAUCCUGGUGUUCGUGGGCAUCAUCCUCUUUUCGGUGUACUGCCGCCUGCAGGACCGCUCAGAGGGGCUGGUGCAGAUUGUGCGCAGCGCCGACCGCCGGGUGCGCAGCCGGCACGCCAAGGCGGGCGCGCUGGCGGAGCGCGAAGCCAUCCUGCAGCGCCUGGACCACCUGGAGGAGGUAGUCUACAACCAACUGAAUGGCCUCGCCAAGCCCAUUGGUCUGAUGGAGGGGCCAGGCGGCCUGGGCCAGGGUGGCAUGGCGGCCACACUGCAUGAGGACAGCCAGGAGACGGAGAGGAAGUACGAGGAAUUUGGGUACAACGCACAGCUCAGCGACCGCAUCUCCCUGGACAGGACCAUCCCCGACUACAGGCCCCAAAAGUGCAGACAGAUGACCUACUCGGACGACCUGCCCCAGAUCUCCGUGGUGUUCAUCUUUGUCAACGAAGCCCUCUCGGUCAUCCUGCGCUCCGUCCACAGCGUGGUCAACCACACGCCCUCCCAGCUCCUCAAGGAGGUCAUCCUGGUGGACGACAAUAGCGAUAACGUGGAACUCAAGCUCAACCUGGACCAGUACGUCAGCAAGAGGUACCCAGGCCUCGUGAAGAUUGUCCGCAACAGCAGGCGGGAAGGCCUGAUCCGGGCGCGGCUACAGGGCUGGAAGGUUGCCGUGGCCCCUGUUGUCGGCUUCUUCGACGCCCACGUGGAGUUCAGCACGGGCUGGGCCGAGCCCGCCCUCACGCGGAUCCGGGAGGACCGCCGGCGCAUCGUCCUGCCGGCCAUCGACAACAUCAAGUACGACACGUUCGAGGUGCAGCAGUACGCCAGCGCCGCCCACGGCUACAACUGGGGCCUCUGGUGCAUGUACAUCAUCCCGCCCCAGGACUGGCUGGACCGCGGCGAUGAGGCGGCGCCCAUCAGGACCCCGGCCAUGAUCGGCUGCUCCUUCGUGGUGGACCGGGAGUACUUCGGGGACAUCGGCCUGCUGGACCCGGGCAUGGAGGUGUACGGCGGGGAGAACAUUGAGCUGGGCAUGAGGGUGUGGCAGUGCGGCGGCAGCAUGGAGGUGCUGCCCUGCUCCCGCGUGGCCCACAUCGAGCGCACCAAGAAGCCCUACAACAACGACAUCGACUACUAUGCCAAGCGCAACGCCCUGCGGGCUGCCGAGGUGUGGAUGGAUGGCUUCAAGUCCCACGUGUACAUGGCCUGGAACAUCCCCAUGACUAACCCGGGGGUGGACUUCGGGGACGUGUCUGAGCGGCUGGCCCUGCGCCAGAGGCUGAAAUGCCGCAGCUUCAAGUGGUACCUGGACAACGUGUACCCAGAGAUGAGGACCUACAACGACACGCUGACGUACGGAGAGGUGAGAAACAGCAAAGCCAGCGGCUACUGCUUGGACCAGGGGGCGGAAGAUGAUGACCGGGCCAUCCUGUACCCCUGCCACGGGAUGUCCUCCCAGCUGGUGCGGUACAGCGCUGGAGGCCUCCUGCAGCUGGGCCCCCUGGGCUCCACCGCCUUCCUGCCGGACUCCAAGUGCCUGGUGGAUGACGGCAGGGGCCGCACGCCCACCCUGAAGAAGUGUGAGGAUGUGGUCCGGCCGGCGCAGCGGCUGUGGGACUUCACCCAGGGUGGCCCCAUCGUGAGCAGAGACACGGGCCGGUGCCUGGAGGUGGAGAUGUCCAAGGAUGCCAACUUCGGGCUGCGGCUGGUGGUGCAGAGGUGCUCGGGGCAGAAGUGGACGAUCAGAAACUGGAUCAAGCCGGGUCGGCACUGACCCCCGGGCUCGCCCCGUGCCCCUGCCCCAGUGCAUACCCCGAGGGCCUCCUGCUCAGCCACUGCUGGAACCCAGAGAGCCCUGGCCCUGCCGCCUCCAGCCGAGACCUCUCCCAGCUGCCGGCGGGCCUGUGCCCCAGGACAUCGGGGCCUUCCUUCGCUCCGGAGGUGGUGGCUGCUGGGACCAGCCAGCCCCUCCAGGAGCGCAGACGCCCCCAGCGCAGCUCCGCCUGAGCGCAGCAGCUGACAGCCAACUCCAGCUCCAGAUCACGUGCCUUUUCUAUGGUGUUCCUGCCCAGCCGCCCGCCAGCCACCUCUUCUGCAUGUGCUGAAGCCCCCGUCCAUCCCCCAGGCAGAAAUAGCCUCCCAUGAACUCUGAGGUCACUCAAGCUCUCCCACCCUGGGCGGGGCUGCCCCAGUGACCACCUCCGUCUACACACAGCAGGGCGCGGCCUCUCCCUGGCUGGUGAGGGGAGACAGGGCUACAGCAGCUGCAGUGGUCCCCAAAGAUGCCCCCAGGGCAGCGCUUCAGUGGGGAGACUCACGUGACUCUGCCAGUCCAAUAAAGGGCGGGUUAAAUGAGACAGACUGAUGCUUCGUCCACAGGAGCCGGAGCUGGUCCACCGUCCAGGGCCAGGAGCCUUCUCGUGUUGCUCUGAGGCAGGGGUCAGCGAACGUUGACCCACGGCCCCUUGCCUAUUUUUAUAAAUAAAGUUUUAU